CUUGUUCGGCGAGUCCCCUCGCUACUACAACGGCCUGCUCUAUAUCAGUGAUAUGGCUGGACGUAUCAUCUACACCAUAAACCCUUCUUCCGGUGAAAAGAAAGUGCUUCGUGAGGUAGAGACUCAGCCCAAUGGCAUGUGCUUUGCCUCUGACGGCUCGCUCAUUUGGUCGUCCAUGUUUGAUGCCAAGUUGUACCGUCGCGAUGCCUCUGGAAAUGAUACACUGUACGCCGACCUGUCAGGCGUCAUGACCGGCUACUGCGGCGACAUGGUGAUCGACAACACCGGCCGUGUCUACCUAGAUGACACGGGAGCUCGGGUCUUACACGGUGAACAACCACGGCCGGGUAGGCUUCUUGUCAUCGAGACAGACGGAUCCGUCAAAAUCGCUGAGGAGAACAUUGUCUUUCCCAACGCCUUGUUCAUUAGUGCCGAUGGAAGAACGCUAUACUGUGCCGAAACCUUUGGGUAUGGGCUGCUCAAAUGGGAUAUUGGUGCCGGUGGCAAGGUCUCCAACCGCCAAAAGGUGUGGUCUCCCGCCACAAUCUCACCAACCGGCGAGGUUGGCAAUACUGCUCACGGCCUCAUCGGUAUCGACGGUGGAUGCAUGGAUGGUGAGGGAGGCAUGUGGCUGAGCUUGUUGGGUCUAGAAAAAUUCAUCCGCCUCGACCAGCAAGGGACCAUUACACACGAAAUCCAUGUAAAGGGUCAUGCGACUGCAUGUACACUGGGUGGAGACGAUGGAAAAACACUAUUUCUGGUCACCAACUGGUUCUCAGAUGAUGAGGAGAGCAUUUUCACUGCCGUAGCAGCCAAGCGAACCAAAUGUACUGUGAGCUAUACCAGAGUAGAUGUUGCAAAGGGCACGGCGCUGCCGUAAGGACUCGAUCGAGACUCUAGGCAUAUACAGCCUAAAAUCAUGACCAAAGUAAACUAAGUACUAAGAUUUAAAUACUAAGUAGAUACAAUACAAGAGAAGAUGAAUUCGCACAUUGA